CCCGUGGGCUGUUCCGGAUGUAACGCCUCCCUCCAGCCUACCGGCUGAUCCUCUUAUCGACAAGCAGGCGGCCAAGAUGGAUGUUGUGAACCAGUUGGUGGCCACCGGGCAGUUCACCAUAAUCAAACAGCCUUUGGGAUUUAUGAAAAUCCUACAAUGGAUCUUUGCCAUCUUUGCUUUCUCGACAUGCGGCAGCUACUCUGGCAUGUUCAAGAUGAGUGUGGAGUGUAAAAACCGGUCAGAGAGUGACCUGAGUAUUGAGGUGGAGUUUGAGUAUCCAUUCAGGCUACAUCAGGUGUACUUCGAUGCCCCAACCUGUAAAGGGGAAAACCCUGAGCGUCUGUUCCUGAUCGGAGACUACUCCUCCUCAGCUGGGUUCUUUGUCACCGUCGGUGUCUUCUCCUUCCUCUACUCCAUGGCAGCCCUUUCUGUGUAUGUUUUCAUUCUGGAGAAAUACCGUGAAGGCUGCAAGGGAGCCCAGAUUGACUUUGUUGUGACCUGUGUGUUCACCUUCUUCUGGCUGGUGGCUUCUUCUGCCUGGGCUAAGGGUCUGUCGGAUGUGAAGGCAUCCACCGACCCAGACAAGGUUCUCUUACUGAUCGAGGCCUGCGACGAACCGGAGAACCGCUGCCGUGAAGUCCAUGACCCUGUCGUCUCUGGUCUCAACACAUCUGUGGCAUUUGGCUUCCUGAACCUGAUCCUGUGGGGAGGGAACCUGUGGUUCGUGUUCAAGGAGACUGGCUGGCUGGCAGCUUUUGGAGGCACAUAUGCACCUUCCCAGGAGAAAGCGCCUGCCCCAGAGUCCUUCGGCCAGGACGGCUAUGGGCAGGAGGGCUAUGCACAGCAGGGGGAUACCUAUACCGGCACCCAGGGAGGCUACCAGCCCGACUAUGGCCAGGGCGGCUACACUGAGGGAGGUGGAGACUAUCAGCAGGGGGGAUACGAACAGCAGACCACCCCCUACGCCAAUCAGAUGUGAGCUGGUCCACCCUAUGGCAGCUGGAAGCUGGGGCCACCAUGUGAUUUAGGAGUGUGGUGCCUGACCACCACCCACAAUUCCACACUCCUCUGUUUGUCUGUUUGUGCAUUUGUGAGUUGACAAGAGGAGGGAGGGAGGCAGGCAGCGAGGGAUGGAGGAAGGUGGACACUUGGAAGGGGAAAUUAUCAACACCGUGUCCCUUGGGAGAGGGUUAUUUUUUUGAGGGGGAAAUGGGUCCUUACUGUAACAUGCUGUUUAUUCUCGUGAUGUAUUUAACUGUGGAAGACAACAGGGGAUUCAUUGACGGUUUGAUCGCACAAGGACAAACUGGAAUAC